UGAUGCAGCGAUGCUAAUUAAAGAAUCAUUUUCCAAUGUCAUUUGAAUAAAUUGGGUUAGCGCUAACUGGUCAUCGCCACACGAUAAGAGAAAUUGUGGAGCAAACAAACGUGAUUUGAUAAGGCUUUUAUCUUGUGUUUGAACAUGUGGACAUGGUGAAUAUUGUUGUCUUAUUUCAACAGCCAUUAAUAUGAUAAUUGGAUUUUAGGAUGUGGGUUUUGUGUUUCAUCUCGAUUGUAGUCGCCAGCCGAUACGUUUUAGUUGUUUCAGGCGACUAUAUUUGUAUCUGUAGCAAUGGACAAAGAAAUGACAUUUGUGAUUCGAUGUCAGCAAACACAACUAUAGUUGGUCAUCUAGAGAAUAAUAGCUGCGCUAUUCAGGCAAACUACGUUUUGGACAAAAGAACCAAAGCUUGGUAUGCCAUCAUAUUCCACGAUCAAGUACGUUUUGUGCAUAAAGGCUCCUUCACAGAAUUGCGACGUUGUAUUGGGAAUCAGUUAGGACACAGUGGUACACCACCAACAAUGACCGAUGCGGCUACCGCAUCUUCACCAUCAAUGUCUACAACUGUAACUACGGUUACCACAUCUGCCCCAACAAUGUCUACAACUGCAACUGCGAUUACCACAUCUGCACCAACAAUGUAUACAACUGCAACGGCGGUUACCCUAUCUGCACCAACAAUGUCUACAACUGCAACUGCUGUAACCAAAUCUGCGCAAUCAAUGUCUACAACAGCAGCUUCCACUCAUAGUGGUACCUAUGCCGUUUUAAAUGUUAUUAAGGCACCAAAUGAAAGUUUUUCAACCGGUGUUCACUACGGCUGCGCAUCCGCUGUUUUCUCGCAUGCUGCUUCGCACCAUGGAAAAUUGUUCAACAUUCGUCAGACAUGCUACGAGCUUGUAACGGUUAAUAAGUCUUGGUCCAGCGCUGAAAGUGACUGCAAAAGUCGUGGCGGACAUUUAGUCCACAUUGCGAACGACGAACAACAGAAUACAAUCUACCAGGUCGUCAGACAAUAUCAUGAUGAAAAUGUUUGGAUUGGGCUUAACGAUAAGAUUAGAGAAGAACACUUUGUUUGGUCUUCAGGAGAUCCUGUAAACUAUACGCACUGGUACCCUGGUCGGAUUGCGUCAACACAUCAAAGCGAUGAAGAUUGUGUAGCCAUUUGGAUAGCCCAUGGUGGACAAUGGGAGGAUGUGCUUUGUAGUGGAUCCCAAGCCAUAAAUCUCGGAUACGUUUGUGAAUUCGAUUCUGUCGAUGGUGCAGCAACAACUAUAAAUCCAGAUGCUUUGAUAAACACGGAUGGUAACACACAGUCAUGUCCUCACAGAACUACCGCAAUUGUUGCACAAUUUGGUAAAAGUUGUUACGCUUUGUACCGCAACCUCGAGGUUUGGAGUAAAGCUGAGCAGACCUGUAAACAGAGUGGAGGUCAUCUUGUGCACAUCAACGACGACCCAGAGCAGCAAUUCAUAGAGGGUUUCAUGAGGAGACACAAUCAAAUAACACCAGCAUGGAUUGGACUCAGUGACACAUCUGUUGAGGGACGGUUUGUGUGGACGGACGGUGUGUCGGCCUCCUACACGAACUGGUUGCCAGGACACGUGACACACGGAAAUACCGAGGACUGUGUGGCGCUGUUGCCUAACAGCAAUGGAACCUGGGACGAUUUCAGAUGUGAACGUAAUAGUUUGUUUAGCACACUUGGCGAUCACCACCAUCCCUUGUGCGAAUAUGCACAUACCAUUGCGUCGGUGCUGGUUGGCUGAGCGAGGACUAUCGAAUAUACAAUUUCGUAAUUUCUAGUGCUUGGAAAUAAACACAUAAACACGAAAAUAACUGCAAUUAUUGUAAUACAUGUUUGCUUGUUCGAUAUAAUCUCAUCGGCUCGGUUUUGAGUAUUAUGGCAUUUGCGGAUUGUAAAGUGUUAACGCGGUUUAACUAAGAUUAUACUUGGUAAUUUAGUUUUGUUUUUGUUUACAGACAUGAUCUUAAUUCAAACAGGUCCUAGAUAUUGUCAAGAUAAACAUUCUGCUGACACCAAGUGCCAUCAAAGUAAAUACAAAAAGCAAACACUGUGGCCCCUAGAGUGUGAACAAGCCAAACGUUCACGACGCAUGACGUACAAUGCACAACACUGAAAAGUCGAACAACUGAUCAAUUUGUAUAAAUAUCAAUUAUAUUUUAUAAAUCAAUGGUAAAAUCAACAACUGAUAUAGUGAACAUUCCGGAAUGCUCAUACAUGUGCUCAUGGAACAUUUGAGGAGUGUCACGGUUGAUAAUUUUAAAAUGGCAUCUAAAUAAUCAAAGAGUGUUAACGAUAUCAAUCUUCUUAUUGGUGAUUUACGCUCGUUUAAUAUAAAACACCAAAGCGUAUCUAAAACAUACUGCGAAUAUAACAUUAAUUUUAUAUGUUAUGGUCAUGAGUGCACUUGAGUAUCCGUUUCUGUUCCGAAAUUUAACGGCAUUGAAUCGCAAAAACUUGUUCGUCGGUAUUCACCGGUACUU